AUAUAUGAGUGCAUCUUCCCAAGGCCCAUGCAAUCUGUCUGAGAAGUUUCACAGUCCCUACCUUUGUCUAGCUGGUAAGAUAUCCCUUUUUUUUAUUCAAUAGACCUUCUCCAGGAAAUUGAGCAUCUCGACUUCCAAUUCUAGACGUUUGCCACCAUGUCCUUCUUGCAGCAGACCAUCUAUCUGGGCAUGGCAGAUGAGUCGACCUUACUCAAUCAGGGCACUGUGACUCCCUACCCACAUUUCAGUGCCGAUGGGGAUGCAGGCAUCUUGGAUAAGGCCAUCAAGGCCAAAGGUGUAGAUGAGAACACCAUCAUUGAUGUGCUGGUGAAGAGGAGCAACGCCCAGAGACAGCAGAUCAAAGCUAGCUACCAAAAGGCUAGUGGCAAGCCUCUGGAGACUGCCCUGAAGUCGGCCCUAAAUGGAGAGCUGGAGGAUGUGGUUCUGGCACUGCUCAAAACGCCAGCCCAAUAUGACGCCCAACAGCUCAGACUGGCCAUGAAGGGAUUGGGCACAGAUGAGGAUACUCUGAUUGAGAUUCUGGCCUCCAGGACCAAUAAAGAGAUCAAAGAGAUAAAGAAAGCCUAUCAGGAAGAAUACAAAAACGAGCUGCAGAAUGACAUCAAGUCUGACACAGGCGGAGACUUCAGAAAUGCUCUGCUCUCGCUCUGCAAGGCUACUAGGAAUGAGGACAUCAUCGUGAACCAGGAACUUGCUGAAAGUGAUGCCAAGGCCCUGUAUGAGGCUGGAGAGAAGAAGAAGGGAACGGACUGCUCUGUCUUCAUAGACAUUCUGACCACCAGAAGUGCUCCUCAGCUCCGCCAAGCGUUUGAGAAGUACUUCAAGUACAGUAAGGUGGAUGUGACAAAGGCUAUCGACCUGGAACUGAAGGGAGACAUUGAGAACUGUCUGACUGCCGUAGUGAAAUGUGCUGGAAGCAAGCCUGCUUUCUUUGCUGAGAGACUCAACUUGGCCAUGAAGGAUAAAGGAACCAGGACCAAGAUUCUGACCCGUGUCAUGGUGAGCCGUUCUGAAGUGGACAUGGCCCGGAUCAAACAGGAGUACAAGAAGACGUUUGGGAAAACCCUCUACCAGGACAUUCUGAAUGACACCAAUGGCGACUAUGAGAAGAUCCUACUGGCCUUGUGUGGAAGUGACAGCUAACUUUCUCUCCUCUCUCACCUAGCAAGAAUGGCAUUCACACCAUUUUAGAAAACUGUACACGAGGAAACAUUCCCCUCCAAUGCCUCAAUGUGCACUUCCCAAAAUGCAAAAUAUAAUGGUUCAUGACAACUAUCUGAAAUGGCAGUCCUGAUGUAUUUUCGGCUAAAUGCUAACAGCAAUAAGCACAGUUAGCAUGUUAAGCAGCAUUGCAUAAUUUAGCCUAGCUUCAGCAGACUUGGUGAUCUAUUCCAUAGUGCAAUAUAUCACACACUUAACCAUUUGUGUGCCAAGAAUAUACAGUGGCAUUGUACCCUGGUUGAAUAACUGGUCCUUUGUGAAAAUAAAGCUUUUUAUGUGGAUCCAAA